AUGGCGGUGCCCAAAAACGUGUACCAGGACCAUGCGGACAAAAUCGCAGGGGCAUCCAAGGCCUUGAGCCAGUACGGCAUAUCGUUGGCAGAGGUGGUGUUUGAUCUAUCGUUCGUGGUCAACUUCAUUGUGGGGAAGCUUCUCCACGUGUUUUCGCAGGAGGAAGAAAUCUACAACUACUACAACGACAAGGGCAACGUUUUCAACCAGUGGUUUGUGAAAAGGGGCUGGGGCUGGACCACCGCGGCCAUUGUGCUUUUUUACACUUGCACCAUUCCGGGACGCCCGCGGCACGCCCGGGCCAAAUUGGCCUUGGUGGCGUUUUUGCGAUGGGCCGUGGCCACGUUCUGGUGGGUUCUUUUCACCCAGUGGUGUUUUGGGCUCCCGAUUAUGGACAAGGUUUUCUUGCUCACCGGCGGCAAAUGUGCGCUGAUCCCCACGCAUAAAGUGGCAGCCAUGCCCGGACUAGACGGGGCCUUGAGUAGGCAAUUUUAUUUGGCGGGGGCCGGCUACGAGUCUGUUUCGGUGUCUUCGUACAGCUGCCGGAAAUUGAAGGGGUCUUGGGAAGGUGGCCACGAUCCGCUGGGCCACGUGUUCCUCUUGGUGCAUGCAUCGCUCUACUUGUUCCAUGAGGUCCGAGAGUUCUGGCCCGGCUGGGCCCAGUUUUUCACCAAUGCAAAUCUGUUUUCCUCGAGCGGGGACGCGUCUCUUUCUGGGCGUGUCAGACGCUUUUUGGCAAGGGCCCCUCAUGCCCCGGUGUUGCUAUUGCUCGCACUAUGGUGGUUCAUGUUGCUCGUGACUAACAUGUACUUCCACUCAUUAGCCGAGAAACUCGUGGGGUUGGUUUUCGGGUAUUUGGGUGUUUUGGCCGUAUACUACGCGCCACGAUGGGCAAGGCGGACACCGUAA